GUUUAAUAAUUCUGACUAUAACUUUAUUUACAUUAUCUAAUCAUUUGAUUACAUUUGAAGACUCUCUGACACAAUCUAUCAGAUGUAAUUAAUUCUCACACUGUAUUAACUGCACAUAAGGUUAUAACCAGGCUAUUACUUGAGCAUAUUUAAGAUGACUGGGCAUGUCUGCCACAAGCGCUUGGAAAUAUGUGACGUCACUCGCAGUAAGGUAAUUCCACAACGCUGUGACGCAACUGCCCUUAUUAGGACAGAUUCGUCAUACAACCGAUUAUAAGCUAAUACUAGGCCAGCGAAUGCCUGUUGCUCCACUGGCUGAAAAGUGCAUGGGCGGAACGGCAAUUUCAACACCGAGUAAUAAAGCGUAGCCAUGAUAAAUCCCUGCAAGUAGCUUUGGCUUUUCUCUCAAAAUAUCCGUCAACAUAUGGAGGAAAAUACCGUUUAACGUGGAUAUACAUUUGGUAUGGAGAUUUCUGAACGAACCUGCUUCUCUGAAGGCGAAAUAUCCAAUUCCAUCAGCCAGGUCGAAAUGCAGAGAUCCAAAAGCCCUUUUAUCGCCACGGUCAAUGCAGUCGCGUCGCGGCAGGAGCUGCGGUGGAUCAUCGAGCCGGUGAUGCAGAGUGAGAGCCUGGACCACAGCAAAGGAGAUGCACAGCUCAGUCUGGAUGAAGAGGAAAAGAGGAGACGGAGAAGAGAGCGAAACAAGAUGGCUGCUGCCAAAUGCCGCAACCGCAGAAAAGAGCUUACUGACCUUCUUCAGGAGGAAAGCGAGCGGCUGUACAUGGAGCAGGUCGGGCUGCAGAAGCAGGUGAGCAGCCUGCAACAGGAGAAGGAGCAGCUAAAAAUGCUGCUAGCAUCGCAUGCGUCCAUCUGCACACUGGACAAAUCUAUUUCCUUAGACAACUUUCAGUCGAAAGACAUCUUACCAUCCAGAACUGCAGUCACAAUAAAACAGGAGCCUCUGGAUGGCAUAAGUAUGUCAAGACAUUUUGGACUCCAGCAAGCAGUGGAACUGACAGAGGAAGGCCCUAAUUUACACUAAAGGCUGGUUUAAACUUGAGAGAUCACCAUGACCCACAGCGCAUGACUUGAGCGUAGUCGUGCAUUUAUACUUCUGCUUUCUUUUUGUGCUGCAAUAACACCUCUGAAACACUAGCUGGCUGCAGGUUUUUUAUGUUGCUCUGUGUCGAGUUUCUUUACGAGUUUCUUUUACUUUUCUGAACGCUACUUUAAUGUACAAGUAGCUAAAACUGACUUAUUAUGAGGUGGGAACCGGCGGACGUGCAACAACUUUAAUAAUUAGGUAAACACAAAAUAAAAGUUUCCAAAUGAAGCUCCUUCUUGGGACUAGACACUAGUAAACACUUGAUCCAAUGGGUUUGUUGAUUGGGUUUGUGAAGCUCUCAGCCCCACCCACACACAUCAGUGUAAUAAAGCCGAACGAUCCCAGAGCUUGCGCUACGGGUCUCACAACUAAAGUUACAUUUUAUGAGAGAUGUGCACCAGCAUCGGCGUCAGCCACAAUGAGGGGUAUGCAAACAUGUGAAGCCUGUGACGGACCAUACACAUGCGCUCAACGCAAAAGUAUAAAUCAGCUUUGAGGUGCCACUGGUUUACGCUGGUGUGCUUUAUUUUGAAAUGGUGUUUUAGAUUUAAAAUGUUUCCCUUCCAGGAAAUGAGAACAGAAUAUUGUGGAAAGUUUUAAAAAGAUGUUUUUUCAGCCGGUCUACAUUGAAACAGAACACCAGCAUUUAUAAAUAAAAACAUUUUUUUUUGGCAUUUUUGUAAUGCUACAUUUUUGUAGCGUUGAAGAUGCCUGAGUAGUGUGUAUGCAACCCAGGCUCAUUCUAGAAACGUAGCCCCGCGGACGUUUCUGGAGACUGUGAAAUACGUCCCGGGAGGUACGUAUUUGUGCAGUUUUUGUUUUCGCGAAUCCGUGAAAGGCCCCUGUGCACGCUUCUUCGCAUCUUAAAUGCCUCUCGCGAGCGUGCGGCAUUCACGCUCGCGCUGUUCUCGUGCAAAGCCACCAGAGGCCGCUGUCGAGCGACUGUCUGUCCGACUGACUGACUGAAUGAUUGACUGGGCGGCCGGCCAAUCGGCCGACCCACCCUCCUCCUCCUUCCCUAAAACCAAGCAACGAUUUACAAAAUCGUCCAGAAAAAGAAAAGCCCUCGUCUGAUUUUUACUGCGUUUUCUGAUAUCACCACAUCCUUGCCAUGAACUCGUUUGCUUUAUUUUUUGGAUUCUAUAUUUGCCUUACCUGAUUUCUGAAACCGCUCUUCCCUGGACUCGAACCUGAUCAUCGUCGCAGCAGUCAGCUCCCCUCCAGGUCUGCGCUCCACAGACCUGCACGACGAGCUAACCGGACAAACUGGUUGCAACUGGAAAGUGCUCCACACGGAGGUGAGCUGUCAGCCAGUGAGUGCGAAGAGGUGCAGCGUCAAACCAUCCUGUAGCGUUCGCUUGAAAAAAUUUAUUGCAGCCAUACGUAUCUCCGGUCAUGUAAAUCGCAGCCUCCAAAAACAUCCGCCAGGCUACUUUUUCAGAAUGAGUCUGGGUUGUGUGGAUGCCACAUAUAAAAAUAACAAAACUUGCACGUUUUAAAAUAAAUAUACAUUAGCAUAAAUGCCAUCUGUAAGGAAUCACACACUGGACGCUACACAAAGCUUCUUUUAAAAUUUUAUACAAUGUGUUUCUAUGAGGUAACACAUAUGGGAGGCACCAUUUUGCAUCUGUUUGCAUUGCUUACCAGGCAAGGCAAGUUUAUUUAUAUAGCACAUUUCAUACAUAAUAAUUC